AUGUUAGCCGUUAUGUGGGCUAUCGAGCACUAUCAUCUUUACCUCUAUGGUGCUAAAUUUACUAUCAUCACCGACCAGAAGCCGCUACUCGGAAUAUUUAAAUGUCAGAAACCGACUUCGGGGAGAAUCGACUUCUGGAGACUCAGACUGAUGCCCUACGAUUGCGAAGUUGUUUGCAAACCAGGAAAAGACGCAGAAAACCCUGCAGACUUUCUCAGUCGUCACCCCAAAUCUGUUGUUUCUUCGCCUGCCGACAACACCACCGAAUCCUAUACCAACUAUUUGUGCAUCAACCUCAUCCCCCAAGCUAUGAAACUAGACGAAGUGAAGAAAGAAACCGCUAGCGACCCAGUCCUUUGCAAGCUUUCUCAAGCAAUCACACACAACCGAUGGCUCGUGCCUGAAGUGAAACCGUUCGUAAACGUAAAGGACGAACUGUCUGCAGUGGAUUAA